AUGGCCAGCGCGGGGCUGCAGCUGGGGGGCUACUUCUUGGCGCUGGCCGGCUGGGUGGGCACCGUCUGCGCCUCGGCCCUGCCGCAGUGGAAGCAGAGCUCCUACGCCGGCGACGCCAUCAUCACGGCCGUCGGGCUUUACGAGGGGCUGUGGAUGAGCUGCGCCUCGCAGAGCACCGGCCAGGUGCAGUGCAAGCUGCACGACUCCCUGCUCGCCCUCGACGUUCACCUCCAGACCUCCCGAGCUCUAAUGGUGGUGUCCAUUCUGCUGGGCUUCGUGGGAGUCAUCGUCAGCGUGAUCGGAAUGAAGUGCACCAAAGUAGGGGAUGAGAACCCCGUCACCAAAAGCUGGAUUGCCGUCUUGGGAGGAGCCUUCUUCUUGCUCGCAGGUCUGUGCACAAUGACGGCUGUUUCAUGGUAUGCAGUACGGGUGACGGUUGAAUUCUUCAGUCCAAGCACGCCAGUUAACGCCAGGUAUGAAUUUGGACCUGCUCUGUUCGUCGGAUGGUCGGCGGCCUGUUUGGUCCUGCUGGGAGGGUCUUUCUUGUCCUGCUCGUGCCCCAGGCCGGAAGACAGAGGACAGCAGUACUACCGGCAAUCGCAGCCCCCCUCGGCGAGAGAACCCACUGUUAAAAGGGGAGAUCAGUGCGUAUAAUGUCUUCACUUCUGUCGGGGGGAAAGAAAUAUUUAUGUCCUGAGUAUUCCCUUCAGAAAGACCAAAUAU